GGCGGAGCUUGUCCCUCCGCGGCUUCCGUAGAAGCGGCCAAACAUGGCGGAAUAUUCUGCUGUCAGAAGAACCAAGCUGGUUCUGAAGGGGACGAAAUCGAAAAGGUGAGGCUCUUCCUGCGGGUCGGGUUUCCCCAGGUACUGGGAAGAGGAGGUGGGAUCCUGCCUCCUUUCUUCGAGUCCGGGCCUCGGUUGCCGGGUCCGAAAAUCACCAUCGUCGUGGUGAAAUGCCUCUGAGCGUGUACAGAGCGCAUUCUGCCUCUCCGCUGCGCUUAGCGGAGGGUGGGAAAGCGCUCUGCGCACGCUCAGAGGCAUUUCACCACGACGAUGGUGAUUUCGGGCGGGCGCAGUUUCGGCGUCAGGAACUAACGAUUUCCUCGGGGGAGCUUUGAACCCCGGCGUCUCUUCCUUGCGGAAAAACUGUGUCGUGCUUUUUAAGGACGAAAGAGGAGCCCUGCUGGAAGCGCCCGAUCGAGGCUAAGUUGUGAUUGUGCGCUUCCCACCUUCUGUUCUGCCUCUUUCUAUAUGCAGAAACUCCGCUUCGCGGCUCAGGAGUUCGGGGUUUUAUGUAAGUAGCCUGUCUCCUGAUUAAGGCGAAAGAUCGCAGUUGCACAUUAUUAUUAUUAUUAUUAUUAUUAUUAUUAUUAUUUAUUGAAUUUAUAUAUAUAAAUUUAUAAUUUAUUAUUAUAUACCGCCCUAUACCUGGGGGUCUCAGGGCGGUUCACAGAAUAAAAUCAAGAUAUAAAACCACAAAAUAUAUAAUAAAAACAACCCAGUAUUCCCACACAUACACACUUCUCCCAGACUCUUUUCUCUGUUGGGCUGAGGAGGUCCUAGCACUGAUGCCAUCUGCAGCCCUGGAGUAAAACAUGUGCCUUGUCUGAAUCAAAAUAGUCGUUCACGUUCACUUGCAGCCUUUGUGAUAAAUUGGGCUUCUCUGGUAUGCACAUCUUUCCCUACAUGAAACAUGUUUGUUUCUCUUGGUAGUACCUGUUCGGUGAUUGUGUAUCAUACACAAAGCAUGCAAUUGAUUUUUUCCCCUUUGUGUCAUUUUGCAGUAAGAAGAAAAACAAAGAUAAAAAACGGAAAAGAGAUGAAGAUGCUGAGGAUAAACUUGAUAUUGUUGGUGAGCUCAUUUUUCCACGAAGGGGCAUGAAGGAGAACACUGGUAGUCCUUUGCUUCUCCCUAGUUGUUUUCCUGCUGCCCUGCCCUGAGCUGAGCCAUGGCUCGGCUUAGUGCAGUGAUUUUCAACCAGUGUGCUGUGGCACCCUGAGGUGCCUUAAAUGAUGGCCAGGGAUGCCGCGGGCCACACUGGUCUCUGUCCUUCUUUCCUUCCCUCCCUCCUCUGAUGCCCCCUCAUGCCUCUGCCUCCCAAUGGCUUGCACAGCUGUUUGUUGCAGCAGCCCUGGCUACAAGCUCCCCAGACAAAUGGUGUCUCUGGGGCUGGCCAGGGGGUGCUGGCUGCCAGGAGCUGAGGGAGCUCAGAGACCAGGGAUGGCUGUGGCGGCUGCCCAGAAGACUCCCAAGGGAGUGGAGAGGAGAGGAGGCUGAGGGAACAUUCCACAAGCGAGGGUGUCUGAAAAAGAGUGAGAGGCUGCCAGCUCUGCAGGCAUGGGGUGAUGUAACUGGGCUCCUGAGCCCCACAGGGGUGCCGUAGAAAUAAUGUCAAGGGAGCUGUGUACUCAAAAUGGUUUAAAACCUCUGGUUUAGUGUGUUGUCUGAACCCAGUCUUGUGGCUUAACCCUUCCAAACAACCUGUGAGCUGUAAAGGAUGAGACAAACCUUUGCUACAGCUUAUGGUUUGCUUGGAAAGAGGUAAACCACAAGCCCUAGUUCAGAUGACACACUAAGCCAAACCACAGUUUAGCUCAGCAUAGCAGUAAAAUGACUGGAGGAGGAGCAAAGCAGCUGUGACCUCCUCUUCAGGAGCCCAAACAUUUGCACUAAGCCAUGGGUUAGCUUAGCUUUACAUGUAAGCUGAGCCUUAGUUGGCUAUCAGACUGAGAAUUUUGCUUUUAAAAAGCAGCAUACUUUAUUGUGUAUUAAUUAUUUUUGUAUGCCCCCCUUCCACCAAUAGGUCCAUGGUGUCAUACAUAGUUCUUUUAUCCUCACAGCAACAUUGUAAGGAAGGUUGGCUGAGAGACAGUGACUGGCCCAAAGUUCAUAACAGGUUUCAUGGCUGAGUGGGGAUUUGAACCUGGGUCUCUCCACUCCUGGUCAAAGUCUCUAGCCACUGCAUCAUGCUUUCAUGCUGACUCUCAGUUGUUCCCUUAUAAAAAUCGAAAGACAUGGACUAUUCAUUACAAGAUAUGCUCUAAGCAGCCUCUGAUCUUCAGAGGAGCAUGAAGGAAGUAGAUGGAAGCAUCCAGAAUGUCAUAUUUGUACUUAUUUGAAUUGCCAUAUCUGUAUUGUAUUCAACAUUCCUAGUGUGAUUUUGAUGUCCAAACUAUGAGGGCUUGCAUUAUGAUCAAAUAAGGAGUCCUGCAGCUUUCUUGUAUGCCUGGCCAGAAGCAUUUGUUCUUAGUAGCUUUCAAGACUGCAGAACUUGUUUCUUCCCAAACCAAAGAUUAUAAAAAGAUCUUUUCAGCUAUUUAAUGGUUUCUUGUCACUAACAGUUUUUAAGUUUAUUAAGUAAACUGUCAUUGUGCAUUAUGCUUGGUUAAGAUGGAAAAGUUGCUUUGUUGCUUGAUCUCUUCAAAACAUUCCCAGCAAGCAAUUGUGAAGAAAACAAAUGUGUUCUUGUUUCUUUUUUGUUUCCUCUCUUAUUAGAAGGGUGGUGGACUGUUUCAAAUUUUGGUGAAAUCACAGGAACCGUAGCGAUAGAGAUGGGUCUUGGAACCUAUAUCAGUGCUCUUGACAAUGGCCUUUUUACCCUUGGAGCACCACAUAAAGGUUGGUAUGGGCAAAAGUGGAGGGAAAUUUUCUCCCUCCUUAUCUCAUUUUUGGCAUGGGUAAGUAAGCCUCACUUAUUUUGAUGAUUCUGUAUUGCCCUGUGGCACCAACUGUACUAUGACCCAUCUUUCCAAAUAAGUCCAAAAGAGUUUCCAGACUGUGCACCUUCCCACACAUAUCUAAGUUAUUUAUUUAUAGUAAUGAAUUUUUGGUAAAUUAUGCUGACCACAUUAUUUAGCUGUCAGUUUUUGAAAAUGGACCAGUGUAGCCUUUAUCCUGUACAAAUUUGCCUCUUGUGCUCUAGUAGCUGAGUGCAAAAUGUUUAUCAGAAAACCAACCUAUUGCUAUAUAAGUGGAUUGUUAUUUAUUUCAGUAUGGAAAACAGAGACGUGUGUGCAUUGAGAAUGGGAAAACAAAAUAACUUGCAGUAGAACCAUUAAUAUUUUUGCCCUUAAAUUAGUCACAUGCAUUCAUUUAAAUGGGUCUGUUCUGAGUAUGGCUAAAAUUGGAUACAACACAACAUCCCCAGCGCCUUUGGUAUCUUCUCUUGCAUCAGCAGUUCAUAACAGGAUUCUCUGGCCUGUGUGUGUCUAAUUUCUUUUUAAUGCUUCCAGAUGAAGGGCCAUAUCCUCCUGAACAAUUUACUGCUGUCAAGCUUUCAGAUUCAAGGUAGUUACUCACCUUGGCUUUAUAUUAACCAUUAAGUUAACCAGGCUUUCUUAGGUUACUGGACACAAGAGUGUUUGAAACUGCCUUUCCUUAGAUUUACUUUCUAAUCCUAGCUUAGAAACAGUGUUUUGCCCCUUUGAUAAACUAGAUGUGAGACCUAAAUAAAGGAAUGUGGGAGAGUACAUCUUGUGCAUGUCCAUGGAUGCAUGGAUUAAAAAUUUCUGACUCAGAGUUGGGUCGUGACACCCCUGCAGUUGCUAAAGCAUGCAUUUGUGAUUUAUAGAUUAUUAGGCAGAAUUGUUCUCUGCAGAGGAAAAUAAAGUUGUUCCAAGUUUACUCUAAUUCUCUAACUUGCCUAAAGUAAGCUUAUUUGUGUUGUUUGUUCUUAUUUUGGGUAAUUUGUUCUGUUUCUGGUAGAGUUGAGGGUGGGGACAAUAGACCUAUGCAGCUACCUGAAAUCUUAUUCAAUACUCCUGGCUUCUGAGACUUCAGUAAGCGCUUCUCUUAUGAUUACAAGCUUUCACCAUCCAAGGAGGAGUGUCAAACAAAAUUAAUGGACUAUGCUGAAAUGACAAAACUUAAUGGAAGAAUAAGAAACCAAGAAGAAGAAACUUUUAAUAAAGAAUGGGCAAAAUACGUGGACUAUCUGAAAAACUAUUGUAAACAACUGAAUUAAUUAGCAGGAUCAACAAGCAGAUAAGCAUAUUUGUCAAAGAAAUAUUAGUGAUUAAAUAAUAAUUGGACUUAAUUCAAAGAUCCAGCAAGCAAACUAUAACAUAAGAAACCACAGAAGGCAGAGAGUCAAAUGGUGUAUUUUAUUGGAAAGUUUGUGUAAUUUGCAUGAUUGUUAUAAAACUGAAAUUUGGAAAAUGAAAGUUAUUAAAACAAACAAACUUUCAAAAGAUCCUGGAACAUAAUUUGAAAACCAUAGCCCUUGAUAAUGAACUAAUCAAUUCCCAAUGUCAUAACUUGCUUAUUUGUUUCUUUUUCUAAGAAUUGCAUUGAAAUCUGGCUAUGGUAAAUACCUUGGCAUUAACUCAGAUGGGCUGGUUAUUGGACGUUCUGAUGCAAUAGGUUCGAGGGAGCAGUGGGAGCCAGUGUUUCAAGAGGCAAGUAUCAGCAGUCAUUCUUAAUACAUAAUGUCUUAAUACAUAAUGCAAUGGUUUUAGAUUAUAGCUGCUUUUAUUGAUAUCAGAUGGCAGUGAUGCAACAUUAACUGAGAGGCCAUAUCAAAAUUUCAGAAGUGGCUGUUUCAUUCUAUCAUACUGAAAUAGUUUUAUAGCCUUGAAAAUAAUGUUUAGCUUGGCAAAUGCAGCGUUGAAACUGAUCCACAAAUACCAAGUUUGAAUUCUGAAUUGCAUUCUCAAAUGCCAAUGUUGUAAUUGUCAUAAAAUGACAAGACGGCUAAUUAUGAGUUUUUAAAUCAACAUGCGGAAUGAGUUUAAGUUUUAAAUUGAAAUGAACAGGUUUUGAAUGAAGUGGAUUGUUUCAGCGCAAUUGAAGUAAUAUCGGAUAAAAUUGUGAGACGUUCUUGUAGGAACAUAAUAAUAGUCUUCCUAAUUUGUCUUGAUUUUAUUUUUUCCCUUCAGGGGAAAAUGGCGCUGUUAGCAGCAAACAGCUGUUUUAUCAGCUGUAAUGAAGAAGGCGAUAUUGUAGCCAAAAGUAAAACUGCAGAUAACGAGGAAAUGAUUAAGGUAAUUCAAAUGGCCUGUAUGUGCAGUUCUUAUAUUUGUCUGUGUGACUGCUUAAAGGAAAAAUGCAGAAACGGGCAGAACAUUUCAGUGUGGAACUUCUUCAGUGGCUGUCACAGGCAAAAUAAUUGUUUAACCCAAGCAUAUGUUGCCUGGUCAGAUGACUUGGAGCAUCCAUUUUAACUGGAAUGCAUUUCUGUUCUGAACUUUUUCUCUCUCUUUUUUUACUGGAAGGGAGGAGUCUCACUGAUUUUAGCUGAAAGAGCUGGUGAGGAGUCAAACUGGGUUUUGGACUGCAUUGCUUCAGAAGGUAGAUAGGGCUUCAGUUUGCAUAGCAGAGUGCUCUACCCUGCCCAGGGGAAACUAGACAUGUGCUCUAACCUAGCUGGAUACUCGAUUUCUUCCUGCUCCCCCAGUAGUCCUUGCAGUAUGCACGCCCUGUCUCCCCAUAUUGACCACUGUUGCUAAUGUGAUAUGUCAAUAUGAUAUUUCUUCAGUUUGCAUAUAUGUGUAAAUGCAUUUGCAGAGGCAUUACAAGAAGAUUUUGUCAGAGAAGCUCCUUUGCAUACUGGUGUGUGACUGUUGCAUUCAGUGUCCAGUGAAACUGGAAAGCAAAUCAGGAAAGGAUAAUAUCAAGAGAGAGGAUAGGAUAUUUUGGGCUUUGAACUUUUUCAGUUAAACCAACUGUAAAAUAGCACUGUCUCUCCCCAUGCUUCUUUUUAGAUCAGGACAUGUGCUGAAAAGGAAGCCAAGCAAAAGGAUGACAUUCCGGAAGAAGACCAAGGAAAUGUUAAGCAAUGUGAAAUCAAUUACGUGUACGUAACAAGGGUUUCUUGGCUAAAAAUAAAACAAAAGCAAGUUGUAUUGGAAUGCAAAUAACCCCAAGUUUCCUUGAUCGAAAACCUUCGGGUCCCGAUCCUUGUGUAAACAUGUUAAAAGCUGAAGAAAGUUUAUCAUCAUGAGGAUCUGGUGGGUUUUGUUCUAAGGACCAACUUUAUUUCACAAGACAAGGAGAUGUGCUUUUGUUUUCAGAUGCAAGCCUGAUACAUUGCACCACUUGUCUUUCUGUUUAUCCCUAGUAUAAUCCAUAAAUGGAACUUUAUGAUUUUUUUGGAUAUUUGUUUUAUAACAAACGCAACACCCUUUCUUCCCCCACCCACAAUACCUCUUUAAUUCCUUAGUGGGGCUUUUAAAUGCAUGGUAUAGGCUUAUUGGGACGCAGGUGGCGCUGUGGGUUAAACCACAGAGCCUCGGACUUGCUGAUCAGAAGGUCGGCGGUUCGAAUCCCCGCAACGGGGUGAGCUCCCGUUGUUCGGUCCCAGCUCCUGCCCACCUAGCAGUUCAAAAACACGUCAAAGUGCAAGUAGAUAACUGGGUACCACUCCAGCGGGAAGGUAAACAGCAUUUCCGUGUGCUGCUCUGGUUCACCAGAAGCGGCUUAAUCAUGCUGGCCACAUGACCCGGAAGCUGUACGCUGGCUCCCUCAGCCAAUAAAGCGAGAUGAGCCCUGCAACCCCAGAGUCGGCCAUGACUGGACCUAAUGGUCAGGGGUCCCUUUACCUUACUAUAGGCUUAUUAAUGUUUGCAAGUGUGAUUUGCAACAGCUUGCUGAAGGUUAUCCUCACCCCUAACAGGAAUGUGUCGUCCUCCAAGAUAGCACAAACUGGAAGGAUCUCAAAGCAGACCAAUUCACUGCCCUACCCCACCACACCCAACAGUUUUCCAGCUGGCAUUCCACAUUAUGUGGUUUUUGGAAGCAACUGGGCAUGCUCAGUCCCCAAGGCUCUCUCCUUUACUUUGUAUACCUCUUAGAUCCCUUGGAGUUCACUGAUACCCUACAUUUUUUAUUUCUCAGUGGGCUUGUUUUGGCUGCAGUCCUAUCGACACUCGGCCACUGUAUUUCGUACAGGCUGAAGAUAUUUACCUUCUGCAUUUUUCUUUCCAGGAAGAAGUUUCAGAGUUUUCAAGACCGUAAACUAAAAGUAAGCCAAGAAGACAGUAAAGCUCUGAAAAAAGCUAGGAAAGAAGGCACCUUUCACGAGGCACUGUUGGACAGGUACUCUUUCUGUUGCAAUGGGAUGGCAGUUGUCAGACAAGCUGAGCAGCUGUGCUAGCAAACCCCACGAACAUGCAAACACAGUAUUAUAAGAGCUGUUUUACAAAAAUGCCCUGUACACCAAAAAUGAGUUUAUCAGGAAGUAUGGCUUGCUCUCUCUGUGCUGUGCGACUUUUCUACAUGAGGUGAUCCUAAUUUCCCAUAGGGGAGUGUUCAUGUGUGCAGCUGAUGCUGCUUCCACUGUGAAGCAAUGCAACAGUUCAACCAUUUAACUGGAUGUUGUGUAGACAAGGGUUCAGCUGAAUGUAAAGCAUUGAUAUUGGAUGGUGGCCUCCAGUGAUGGAAAAGCUCUGGAUUGUUUUGAGCUCUGGCUGCUUCACAUGUGCACAUCCAUCCCUUGACGUUGCAGUUGUCAGAUGGUGGGCAUGUGGAUAUGAAUUUGUCCUUAAUCUGCCGUAUUCUACAAAAUGUGCUAAUGUAUACUGGCAGAUUUCAUGCAGCUAUACUUACAUGCAGCUGCUACUCAAAGCUCUUCCAAGAGGGAUUUUAAAAAACAUUUUGUUGAGUGCCAUUGAGCAUUACAACCCAUGACUGAUUGCCUUCUUAAAAGUAAACUCUUAUCAUUAGUGGUGCCUGUGUAUGAUGAACUUCAAUACUGAAACGUACAUACUCAUCGCUGUUUUUAUUCUUUGUCCAUAUCUUGUGCAAUCUCGAUAAUGGCAUUAUCAGACUUCAGGUGACUGUUAACAGAGCUGUUUAGCACUGUAGAAAGAAUGUGCUUCAGUCUUUGAUUAACUUUAAUCAUGCUUUCCAUCAGUUUACAUGGCAAAGAGAUGGUAAGCUAACUGGACUGUAGCUUUGUAUAAGUUCUGUGCGAAGGUGUGAAUUGGCCACAUCCACUUUUGGCAUCACGUACUGAUGGCAUGCAGCCCCUGGAGAAUUGGCCAAGGGGAAAUAUGGCCCUUGAGCCAAAAUAAAUUUGUCACUCCUGCCCUAAAUAGAAAUUAAUAAUGAACCACCUCUGGCUUUUAAAAGUGUGCCAGUACUAAUUCUACUUUAUUGACAGUUGUAUUACUUAGAUGUACCAAUCAUUUUACCUUGCCUUUCCCCUACCCCACUUUGUCUUGCAGGAGAUCAAAAUUGAAAGCUGACAGAUACUGCAAAUAGUCAGAACAGAAGCUGGCUUUCCGUAUAUUUUCACUUCCUUUAUUCGGUGUGUUAAUUCUUUGCUUUUUAAUAAAACUUUUGCUGUUGUUGUUAAAGUAGAUUUUAAUUACA